AUGCAAGCGCCAGACCCGCCCCUUGCGGAGUGUGACUUCCCUUAGUAGCUCUGGCUUAACCACGCCUACUUCCGGAUGGGGGCUGGCCGAAGUGUCGGCCACAUGACUGUGUUCCGGCUCGGCAAUGAUGGCGGCGCCCAGGGCAGUAGCGUGAAAGUUGUUGGUGGAAGCACUGUCCCGUCGCGUUGGAAUCAAAACAGUGGGGACCCUGCGCCAUGUCGCGACUGAUUGUGAAGAACCUCCCAAAUGGGAUGAAGGAGGAGCGUUUCAGGCAGCUGUUUGCCGCCUUCGGCACGCUGACGGACUGCAGCCUGAAGUUCACCAAAGACGGCAAGUUCCGCAAGUUUGGCUUCAUCGGCUUCAAGACGGAGGAAGAGGCCCAAAAGGCACUGAAGCACUUUAACAAGAGCUUUAUUGACACAUCCCGGAUCACAGUGGAGUUCUGCAAGUCGUUUGGGGACCCAACAAAACCCAGAGCCUGGAGCAAACAUGCCCAGAAACCAAGCCAGCCCGAGCAGCCUCCAAAAGACUCUGCUACUCCAGAAAUUAAGAAAGACGAGAAAAAGGUGGCAGGUCAAUUGGAGAAGCUGAAGGAGGAUACAGAAUUCCAGGAGUUUCUGUCGGUUCAUCAGAGGCGGGUGCAGGCAGCCACCUGGGUGAACGAUGGCCUGGAUGCUAAGCCCUCGAGAGGGAAGAGCAAGCCGGCCAGCGACUACCUGAACUUCGACUCCGAUUCCGGGCAGGAGAGUGAGGAGGAGGGAGCCGGGGAGGACCUGGAAGAAGAGGCAAACCUCGAACGGAAGGCAGCUGUGCAGAAGGAGCUGUCGGACAUGGACUACCUGAAGUCCAAGAUGGUGAAGUCCGGGUCAUCCUCUUCCUCAGAGGAAGAGGAAAGUGAAGAUGAGGCCGUGCACUGUGAUGAAGGGAGUGAGGUCGAGGAAGAGGGUUCCUCCUCCAUCCAAACCCUGCAGGAAAGAGACGGCAAGGGUGUAGGCCAAGAGCAAGGAAUGCCUGCUGGGAAAAAGAGGCCACUGGAUACCAGAGCCGAGACAGAAAAGCCAGCAAACCAGAAGGAACCCACCACCUGCCACACUGUGAAGCUGCGGGGAGCCCCGUUCAACGUCACAGAGAAAAAUGUUAUGGAAUUCCUGGCACCCCUGAAACCGGUGGCCAUUCGAAUUGUGAGAAACGCUCAUGGGAAUAAAACAGGGUACAUCUUUGUGGAUUUCAGCAACGAAGAGGAAGUGAAGAAAGCUCUGAAAUGCAACCGGGAGUACAUGGGUGGGCGCUACAUUGAAGUGUUCAGGGAAAAGAAUGUCACCACCACCAAGGGUCUGCCAAAGAAUAGCGCCAAAUCCUGGCAAGGCCGGAUGCUCGGGGAGAAUGAAGAGGAGGAGGACCUGGCUGAGUCCGGAAGGCUCUUUGUAAGGAACCUGCCCUACACCAGCACCGAGGAGGACCUGGAGAAGCUCUUCUCCAAAUACGGUCCCCUGUCUGAGCUCCACUACCCCAUCGACAGCCUGACCAAGAAACCCAAGGGUUUUGCAUUCGUCACCUUCAUGUUCCCUGAGCACGCUGUGAAGGCCUACUCGGAGGUAGACGGGCAGGUAUUCCAGGGCAGAAUGCUCCAUGUGUUACCAUCUACCAUCAAGAAGGAAACCAGCGAAGAUGCCAGUGCCCUGGGAUCGUUGUCCUACAAGAAGAAGAAGGAGGCCCAGGACAAAGCCAACAGCGCCAGCUCUCACAACUGGAACACGUUAUUCAUGGGGCCGAAUGCCGUGGCCGAUGCUAUCGCACAGAAGUACAGCGCCACCAAGAGUCAAGUUUUUGACCACGAGACCAAGGGCAGCGUGGCCGUACGCGUGGCUCUGGGGGAGACUCAGCUUGUCCAGGAAGUGCGGCGCUUCCUCAUAGACAACGGGGUCAGCCUGGAUUCCUUCAGCCAGGCUGCAGCAGAACGAAGCAAGACAGUGAUUCUGGUCAAGAACCUCCCGGCAGGCACCCUGGCAGCCGAGCUGCAGGAGACCUUUGGCCGUUUUGGCAGCCUGGGCCGCGUGCUGCUUCCAGAGGGUGGAAUCACCGCCAUUGUAGAGUUCCUGGAGCCCCUGGAGGCCCGCAAGGCCUUCAGGCAUCUGGCCUAUUCCAAGUUCCACCACGUCCCUCUGUAUCUGGAGUGGGCUCCAGUCGGCGUCUUCUCCAGCGCAGCCCCACAGAAGAAAAAGCCCCAAGACGCACCUCCGGAACCCACAGAAAAGGACCAAGCAGAGCCAGAAACCGCGUCCAAUGGUGAAACCCCAGAAGAUGAAAAUCCAACGGAGGAAGGAGCGGACAAUUGUUCAGCAAAGAUGGAAGAGGAGGAGGAGGAAGAGGAAGAAGAAGAGGAGAGCCUCCCAGGGUGUACUCUGUUUAUUAAGAAUCUCAAUUUUGACACAACAGAGGAGAAGCUGAAGGAAGUGUUUUCCAAAGUGGGGACAGUGAAGAGCUGCUCAAUCUCCAAGAAGAAGAACAAAGCAGGAGCACUGCUUUCCAUGGGAUUUGGAUUUGUGGAAUACAGGAAGCCAGAGCAAGCCCAGAAAGCUCUCAAGCAGCUCCAGGGACACAUUGUGGACGGCCACAAGCUGGAAGUGAGGAUCUCAGAACGAGCCACUAAGCCAGCCGUGACAUCCGCUCGGAAGAAACAAAUUCCUAGAAAGCAGACCACCUCCAAGAUCCUGGUGCGGAACAUCCCCUUCCAGGCCCACAGCAGGGAGAUCCGAGAGCUCUUCAGGGCGACUUGCUCUCCUCCCAUGAGUGCUGGCAGCCUCUGCGGCAUCAAUCACUGGCUCCCGUGCUCCCUGUCCCCUGACAUGUCCCUGGGAGGCCUCCAACGCUUUCUGUCGAACGGUCCGCGCUGUGGCUUGCUGCUUGCAUCUUCUGCAGAGGCAUCUUGGCUGUCGUCUCCUGGUUGAUAGUAGGCCUGGCUUUCUUAGAAGCUCAGAUGUUGAAGCUACACAGUUACCUGAAACACACCCCAAUCUGUACCCCACUGGUCUGGAAAAGUGGUCCCCUCAUGGCUGUGACCUCUUGGUCUGAGACUUCCCAGGAGGACUCUGUGAGCAAGCCCUCUUUCUCUUCCCAACUGUGAGUAGGGCCAUUUGGAUGCUUGGGCCUUUUGCCAAGGGGGUGGGAGUGUCGGGCUUCCUGAUGUCAUGGGGGUUCUGGAGUGUUCCUCAUGGCAGCUGUCAGAAACUUCUAGAAUGCAAGCUCUUCAGAAACUACCCUCUCUAUCCAUCAUCAUCUCCUCAGCCUCUUUUUCCCACUUCUGCCAUCAUUUCUCAGUGGCUGGCAGACUCCAGCUAGAACAGAAGGACUGAGUUGAAGGACUAAAAUUGGUUACUGUGCCAAGAGUGGGGCAGAGUGUGACAAAGCAAAAUCCACAGUCAGACAGACACAGAUGCAAGUCCCGUGACCUCAGAUGAGACCUUCCCUCAAGGUCUCACAUGUGUCCCAGGAGGGCUGCCGCCCAGUGGAUCCGCUUUGGGCCUGAAGGGAAGCAGCGCGUGGAAGAGCAUUCAGCAUGGCACUGCAGGCACCCAGCAAGCGCUGCUUCCUCCCACUCCCCAUUUCCUGUUUCAGGCAUUAAGAGCCUGAUCAUGAGAGGGGCCAGAAAUCAGAAAAGUCAGGAAAAGACAAGCAUCCGUUAAUAACUCCACCUAUCAGGACUCCACAGAUGCUUUUUAUUGGGCACCUACUGCAUGCCAGGCACCGUUGGAACUGUUCUGGGUGUCGGCCAUUUAGUAGUCCAGCAAGGAAGACCAACCAUAAACCAACAGAGGGGGAAAAAUGCUCAGUAGAAGGUAAAGUCCCUUAACGUCGACAGAUGAAGCAGGGUGACAGCAAAUGCUAGUCUUGUGCAGGCGGGCUGGGUCAGAAUGCCUUCAAGGUGGCAUCCUCCACCAUGAUGCUGUUCUCUAUCACCAUUUAGCAGGGCGAUGACUGGGCUUAUAGGUUCCUCUGUUUGUCUCUGUGCUAAGCAGGUCUCCAGGGUGAUGGUGAGAUGCCUGGCUCUUGGCCCUCCAGGCCCAACACGCCCCACUCGGUGCAGACACACGGAACUCAGCUCAUCACCCACACAAAGCGUCUCAUUUCUCCCAUCACUGAAGAAUGAGGGGUUUCCCAGUAAGUGGCUUUGCCACCUAAUGCCUUUAAGUAUCAGCCCUCUGAAAAUAUUGACUAUUCGGUAGAAACCUUCCUAAAAUACACAGUGCCAUUUCUAACUAGUGCAGGGAAUCCUGAGCCCAGGCCACAGUCGGGGGACACGGCCAGACCUGCUGAGGUGUGUUUGCUGUUUGCCCCUGUCCUAAAUAGCCCAAGCUGCUGUGCUUUUCCAAUGGCUUUAAUAUUAUGUUUUGAUACUUUUUAUGUAAUCAAGGGGUCAACAAACUAAAGCUCACAUCCCCCCUCCAUCUGUUUUUAUAAAUAAAGUUUCAUUGGUACCUAGCCACACCCACUCAUUUACAUAUCAUCAAGGGCUGCUUUCACGCUACAGCGGCAGAGUGGAGGAGCCGCAAAGCUAAAAUUGACUGUCUGACCCUUUAUAGAAAAAGCGUGUUAUCCCUGGUCUAAUCCGUGGCCGCCCAUUGUCACUUCUUGAAGCCUUUUAGGAACCUGCCACGAUUAAUCCCAGUGCCUUUUUCAACUCCUCUGGGAUGAGAGAUUAAAUAAACAAGUUUGUUUGUAAAGUAAAAGUAAAUAGGCUUUCCGUGGGCCACAGGGCAGGGCUGAGGGCUUUCCCAUAGGUGACAGGCAGAAGCUUAGUAUGUAGGUUUCAGGCCUCAUUUUGUUUGCCGGGGCUCUUUUCUUUAUUUUGGCUUCUCUGGAGUCUUGAUCAGUGGGUGACAACAUCUCCCUGUGCAGGCUGUAGUAGUCAGGUGGCCUUACUACUCACAGGAUGUGACUUGCUUUGCUUUAAGCUCCUUAUUCCCUUAGUCUCUGUGCUGUCCCCUAAGUGGUGUCAUUGGCUCAUAUUCCAUUUGUGCCCCACAAGAGGAAUCUGGUUCCCUGAACCAUAUGCAGGGGGCUCCCCCUGCCACUGGAGGGCCCCUGUCAUAGGGAUGCCCUUGGGAAACCAUGUAGAUGUGUCUGGAUGCUGAGGUGUGUUACCUUGUUUCUCAGAGAGGUCAACACCCCGAUAGUCACAGACUCCUAUGUUGUGAAUCUCAAAUCUCCCUGGGAUGUUUUCCUCUUGGGCACUAAGCAGAAGCCAAUGUUGGUGACUGUGGCCUGCUGCUUGGCGCUGUUAAUGUGGAGAUGAUAAAUGGAGAGUCUUCUAAUUUCAUAGGGACUGGUUCUACCUACCCACCUCUACCCCUUGAUCCCUAUAAAACCCUACAAGCUCAGCGGAAAUCCUCCCUGUAUUUGUAAGAUCUUGUUGCUCUACUUUUCCAUUGAUUGCCCCCUUAUUCUCAUCACCUGCCUCCUCAUUCUCUAGGUAGAAGGAUCCAGGUCACUGGAAGAUUCCGGCCUUAGCUCGAGGAGUUAAAACAGGCCAGAGAGCAGCACAGUGCAGGGCCGGUGCAAGGCAGCCCUAGGCCAUCUGGAUUCAUGCUCUGCAAACCACAUUAGGGUUCUGAGCAUUGAAAUGGAUCCGAACCAAAUGAUAGGGCCCUUUCCGUGUGUGUAGGAGACGGGGCAGGGGAAGGAGUGGGCACAGAGAGGAGACAGCAGGUGCUGCAAAGUUGAGCAGCCACCCUGAAUCCAGCCUAUUCAGGAAGCGUGGCCAUCAGCAGGCGACAAGUGGCAGAAGUGGGUGUGAGCGGGUAACACGGUAUGUCGUCCUGCUCGCCACUGCCUGCUCUCUCUGAAACAGUAGGUCCAGCUCUCUGCUCUGUUUUACAAGAGAGCUCACCCCAUCUUCUCCUGCCUCGUCACUAACUUGGUUUCCACCCUCCGCCUUCCGGGAUCCUGGAACUGCAUCUUCAUAGCAACCCCAGUAUUGUUAAAUCCAGUGCCAGAGGUUUGUAGAUUUGGUGUAGACGUGGAGCAGCCCUGAGGCCCAGGAGUUCGUCCCUUAGUGGCCUUUCUUAGAGCAGCAGAAAUGGGCAAACCAAAGGGUGCCAAGUUAUGCACAGUGUUCACCACAGCUGGUGACUUCCUGGAUUCUCUCCCUCUCCUCUUGGACUUUCUGGAGUUACCGUGGAGAUAUCAGGCCUGAUGGAGAUAAUAGCAAAAAGCAAGAGAUGUGGCUGGUUAAUUGGUGAACCAUUUUUAAGCUAACAAACAAGCGGCUAUUUUGGUUUUUUUUUUUUCUCUUUAAUUUUUGUCCUUCCUCUUUUCAAACAUUUCUUGUACUGAGGAUAACACCACCAAAGGGUGUUAAAUUGGUUCUGAAUGUCCACCUCUGGCUGGCCACAUUCUAGUAACGAUUUUAUUAGCCUGAAUUAUCCACUUUAUUUUCUUGUAAUGGGAUUAGCUGUACUUGAGGCAGCUGAAGACCAGAGGGGACGAAAGUGUGGGAGAGCAUCCGCUGUGUGUUUCAUUAACCCACUCAGGCAGAGGAGUGGAACUGACCAGAAUGUGGUACCCCAGGCCGGAAGUUGUGCCUCCAUCCUCUCCUGAGAGGAGGAGCACGCACAGCUGUCCCAAGGGCUCGUUCCACCCAAGGGAUGUCAGGGGUGUCUGGGUCUGGCUGAGGGAUGCCUCCUUGGGGACAGUUUCUUCCGAUUAUGUUGUAAAGCUAGUAAGACGUGGAUAAGAGGGAGAUCGGCUUUUUCAGAGCUCCACGAGUCGCAGAAUUACAUCUGGCCCCUUUGCCAUCUCAGCUCUUUGCUGGGAACUCCUGACGUUCACUAGGAGGGGUCCCACUUGCUUCACAAGCUCCUUCUCGCUUUGAGCCAAAACACCAUAAGGGCUUAGGGAGGAGUCACCUGCUUGGCACCAAUACAGAUCCUUCUCAUGGACAAAGGCGACAAAGGUAUUACUCACAACAGAAACUCCAUUCAUUCAGUUUCUGAUAUAAGCCAGGAACCAUGGAUUCAGCAACAUUGUGUUAGGCAGUGGGGGUUGGUUAUUCCCAUCUUAUAGGUGGUAAAACUGAGCCUCAGAAAGGUGGUGACAGUGCAGGGCUGAGAUCUGAAGCAAAGUCUGGCUUCACACUUAGGUCCUUUUGGCGGUGCUGUGACUCAGCCCCUCACUGUCAGAGAUAGGCUUCCUCUGCAGAAGCUCCCUGCUGUAUACAGUCCCUGGUGAAUUAGAAGGGCCACCAGAAUGCUAGUUAAAGACAAAGUCCUUGUGCCUUGAUGUAUAUGCUCAGCCCUUCCGAAGUAACUGCCUUCUCCUCUCCCACAUUGUACCUCCCAGCUGUGUUCAAUGGAAUAUCAGAGUCCUGAGAGAUGCUAAUAGCUUUUCUUGUUUGGGAGUUUGAAAAAAACUAUGUCUUUUUCCUCCCUUUCCCAGAUAAAUCCUCCAUGCACCUAAUAUCUUAAAGGCACUGACAAGGUCUGCAGCAGAGAAACUUGCUGAACUCUGUUUAAAAAGAUGUCUCCCAAACUUACCAAAUCCCAGAAGCCUUUACACACAGAAUAACUAUUAAUAUCUUUCAGGAAAAGUUCAAGAAACACUUUUUUAAAUGUUAUCUCUGAUUUUUAAGACUCUGUUUUUAUGAAAUUCUCUGUCCGAGGACUCUGUUCAGGUUGAGCAGACAGUGUUUCCCCUUCGAUUGCUUCUAAACUCCAUGCACAGAUCUACCCUGUCUACUGUGAGGCAACAGGUGAGGCGAGCCUGGGCUUCGGGGUUUCAUCAGGCCUCAGUGUGAGAACUGGCUCACCGUUUAAUAGCUUUGUACAUUUUGGUAAAUCCAUUAAACAGCCUGAGCCUCAUUUUUCCCGUAUGUAAAAUGGGCAGACAGCUGCCUCACAGGAUCAUUGAGGACACAUAAGAGCAAUACAUGGACUAUUCUUAGCACAUUACUGGGCCUGUUGCAUGCUCUCACAUAAAGGGGGUGACUACAGAAAGUGCCUCUGAUGGAGCAGGAGGGAAAAUAUUACAAUGUCCAUUUCUACUUCAGU